CUGUUCAACUCCUAGUGCUCUUCUCUUCAAACUCCCCUGUUUUCCCUAAGAUCCCACAUUUCCGAUCUCCACUGUUUCUCCCCUGUUUUUUCUUCCUCUGUUCUGUUCUGUUCAGAAGCUAAAGAACCAAGAAUGAAAAACCAAAAUGUCUUGGUUUCGGGAAUUAGUUUCAGGCCCACGGUGCCUCUGCCCAACUCUUCUCUGUUCUCUCUGUUUCCCUCGAUUUCACCGGCACUGGUCGUCCUUCCAAAGUCCUUGAAGAAGCUUGAAUUUGAAAACAAAGCAACCAAAAUCAAUGCCUGUUGGGUUGAUUCCAUGCGAGCUUCUUCACCUACUAGGGUCAGGUCCGCCGCCGCUUCUCUGUCGGAAACCGACGAGCACAGUUCAUGGAUUACUCGUCAUCCGUCGGCUUUAAGCAUGUUCCACCAGAUUGUAAAUGCUUCCAAAGGAAAACAAAUAGUUAUGUUUCUCGAUUACGACGGUACCCUCUCUCCGAUUGUCGAGGAUCCGGAUCGAGCUGUCAUGACCAACGAGAUGCGAGAAGCUGUAAGAGAUGCCGCCCAAUGUUUCCCGACCGCCAUAGUCACCGGACGGUGCUACGACAAGGUUUACAGCUUUGUAAAAUUGGCAGACCUUUACUACGCUGGAAGCCAUGGAAUGGACAUCAAAGGACCAUCUAAAAACCAGAAAUAUAAAAAUAGCAAUAAACAGUCGGUCCUGUGCCAACCCGCUAGCGAAUUUUUACCCAUGAUUGAAGAGGUAUAUAAAACUUUGGAAGAGAAAACAAAAUCCAUUCCAGGAGUAAGAGUAGAAAAUAACAAGUUCUGUUUAUCCGUACACUUCCGCUGUGUAGAUGAAAAGAGGUGGGGUGCACUGGCUGAGCUAGUUGGAUCGGUUUUGAACGAGUACCCAAAGCUUAAACUAACUCAAGGAAGGAAGGUGUUAGAGAUUCGUCCCACCAUCAAAUGGGACAAGGGAAGAGCUCUUGAAUUUCUGUUAGAGGCAUUAGGAUAUGCCAACUCAAAGGAUGUUCUACCGGUCUACAUUGGCGACGACAGGACAGAUGAGGAUGCCUUCAAGGUUUUACGUGAUAGAGGUCAAGGAUUUGGAAUCCUCGUUUCUAAAAUUCCAAAAGAAACAAAUGCUUCUUAUUCCCUUCGAGAACCAGCUGAGGUGGAGGAUUUUUUGCGGCGUUUGGUGGAAUGGAAAAGAUCGUCGCAUCGAACAAGGAUGAUGGCUUGAUUAACUUCAUUAUAUUUUAGUUAUUGUAGGCAAUACUUAACUGAUUUCCCACCCCAAUAAUUUUGAUAUUAGGGUGUGGAAUAAAAAAUUUGUACUAUCAAUUUUUCUUGUUAAGUGUCAAUUUCUAAAUGUAAGUCUUUCUUGGGACAGUUGUACAAUAUUAUUAACAAUGUGGAAAAAGAAAAUCCAAGAUUUGGACAUGGUGGAACCCUCUCUCUCCCUUUUCUCUGUAGUGUGUGUGCAUGGGCAUUCCGCAUUUGUUCAC